AAGGUGUUGAAUGGUAUCAGACAAGUUCAAGUUUUCGAGCCGCAAACUUCAAAACAAAGCAAACAUCAACAUGUUCAAAUCCGCUGUUGUCAUCCUUGCUAUUGUCGCCUGUGCUGCUGCCAAGCCAGGACUCCUGGGAGCACCUCUGGCCUACACUGCGCCUCUGGCCUACUCCGCUCCUCUGGCUUACACCGCUCCUGCCGCCGUGGUUGCUGCUCCUGGCCCAGUUGUGACUGCCACCAGCAGCCAGGUGAUCGCCAGGAACUACAAUGGAAUCGCAGCUGCUCCAGUUGUCGCCCAGGUGGCAGCUCCCGUGAUCGCUAAGUACGCAGCCCCCCUUGCUGCCCCUAUCGCUGCCCCUUUGGCUGCUCCCCUGGCCUACUCCAGCCCUCUGGCCUACAACGCCUUGCCCGCCGCUCCGGUUCUGGUUUAGGUAUUUUACAAUAAA